AAUUAUAUGAAAAAGCUAAAGAAGAAAAAGAAUGGUGUGAAACUUUAUAUAAUACUUGUAUUACUAAUCAUGGAGAUUAUGAUCAUAUUAAAAAAGAAUUAGAAAAAAUUACUAAAGAGCAUGAUGAUUAUAAAAGAGAUUUAAAAAAAAUAAAAAAAUUUCCUCCUUAUUUAAUGAGGCAAAUAAUUGAACAAUUUGAAAAAAUUAGCAGAAUCUGUGUUGGUGAUGAAGGUACUUACAAUACAUGUCAAGUUAAAAGACCUUCUGAAUCAAAAUUUUGGAAAUUAUUUCAACAAGAAAGACCUAAAUAUAACAAACUUAUAUUAUCAGAUAUUGCAAUUCGUUUAGUUUUUACAUCAGUUCAUACUAGACAAAUUAGAAAUUUAUUUGAAAUUGUACCAUUAGAAGGAAUUAGUGAAAUAGCUUUUGGAUUAAAUUUUUAUCUUGUUAGAAUUUGUGAUAAAGAUUUGGCAAAAAAAACACAAAAUGAUAUAAUACUAGCAGAUAUUUUCGUAAACUCUGAAAAUUUAGAAAAUCCAGAAUUAAAAGAUUAUUUUGAUAUUUUAGCAACAUACUAUGGAGAAAUUUCUUUUUGUAUGCUUCCUGAAGAAGAUGAAAUAGAUCAAAACAUAUUUGAUAUAGCAAAUUUUGCAUUAAUUAUAGUGGUUGAUUAUAUGCAAGGAUUUUUCAAAACUAGAAGAAAACAUACCAAAAUACUACCACCAGAUCUACAAAAUUAUCAACAACAAAAUUUUAGAUAUCUUACAGAUAUGCUAAGUUAUUAUUUAGGAGAAAAAUUUUUACUUCUAGCAGAACAAAGUGGUUUACCAGUAUAUAUUAGUGAUAGAGAAAUUAAAAUAACAUAUAGAUAUAAUGCUGAUAUUAAAAAUGCAUUAGAUUUAGCACAAAUAAUUAUACAGCAAUUACAACAAGGUCAAAAUGAACAAAAUGAAGAUGAAAUAUUACCAGAUCAAAACCUACCAGAACAAGAUGAAGAUAUUAAAGAAACUCAAAGACCUGAUAUAAUAAAAUUGAUUGAUAAUAGAAAUUUGAAUCAAAGAAUAAAUAAUUCAAAAUUAUUGCUAAAUUUAAUUAAUGAUUUACAAAAAUUAAGAAUAUCAAGAUUGAAUAAAUUAUGUCUUGAACAAGAGGGUUAUUAUAUUGAUUUAAAAAAUAAAACAAAAGAUAUUAUAACUUUGAAUAAUUUAUUCGAUACUAUCAACAAUGAUAAAGUUUUAACAGCUAUACAAAUAUCAACUUUAUUAAAAAAUUUAUAUGAACUUAAUGAUAACUUAGAACUUGCAGAUGAUAUUUCAAAAUUAAAUCAAACAUUACUUAUUAAAAAUAGAAAGAUUG